AUGGAACUCGGUUCCUCCCCCGCAUCCAACACGACUGCCCCGACUGCGGCUUCUGGAUCUAGAAUAGGGCGGCCGCCGCAGUGGACGGUCUCACGAUCUCGAAAGCUUGCCCGACUUUACUUGUUCUCAACGCUCUCGAUCGAGAAGAUUAUUAAAGUCCUAGAGGAGGACGGUUUUAGUCCGAGAAAGAACUCGGCCCAGAAAACGAUCCACAAGAUGCUGGAUAACGACCCUAGAUAUUUGCGCCCCGAGUCCCGAGCUGAAAUGAGCAAACGGUUCAACAGCCUUGCCACGUCCACCACCCGACGUAAGCGGAAAGGAGCUUCGGGACGUGGCCCGAACCAUAUUCAAGACUCGAAACGUGUAAGUACCACUCGGGAGCCUCCCGCAUGCGUUUCUGCUGACUGUUGUUUUUAUCGGAAACAGGAAGGAAGCAUGUUGUCCAGGUCGGAACUGACCUCACCAUCUGGGCAAAGUAUCAAGUCAGAAGAAGGGCCAUCGUUCGACUUUACCACUUCGCCGGAUGUCGCAAGCCUGAACUGCUUUACGUUCCCGAACACCGUGAGCCGAGACACGACCGAGGCUGGCGACGAGGAGUGGCAAGCAGGGAUAAGGGGUAUCAAACGACGGGUCUCGGAUUGCUCGACACACUUUGCCUUCCAACUUUCAUCGUUGAUCAAGGAGUUUACCAUUUCGAUUUGCUCCGAUAACAAAUCUACUGGACGCAGGCCGUCCGCCGCGGGUAGCGAGGACUUGAAGAUAGCCGAGGAACCCGAGCCGGAGGUGUCCACCGAACCACACGAAGCCUUCCCCGACCCGGGUUUCGCACUCCCCGGCGAUUUCCUCACCGCGCACACCCGGAGUUGUGCGGAUUUUCCUGGUCAGCAACAUGGAAAGGGUCGUUGCUGGUGCUCGAUUACCAAAGAUACUUGCUCAGAUGGUAACUCAUGGUUGCUACCGAAUGGGAGGCUGAGUCCGAGGGCACAACGUAUUCUUGAACAGCCCCUGCCAGGGGACGUGAACCUCUUCGACAGCUUUGGGAACACACCACUUCAUUUAUUCGCGGCCUUGGAGGGGUAUCAGGAUGCUCUCUUAAUGAUGGUUGCGAAUUAUGAGGGCAGGGGCCUGGAAACUGUCAACACCGCUGGCCAGACCUUUCUUCAUGUUUUGAACCUCGAGUGGUUUACGGAUCUUUCCAGCCCAUCUCCAAGGAUACGGCGACUCCUAGGAUACGUCAGCGAUAUGCGCCCUGAUGUGUUGUACAAGGCCGACGUCUACGGUAGGACCUUCUUUCAUCGCGCGCAUUCCGUUCUCCGGGACCCCUCGACGCUCGCCAGUCUCGUGUCACUGUUUGACCCAACACUCACUUCUUCUCGCGAUGCGUUCGGGUUUAACCCCGUUCCUGACGCCGACUCGCGUACCCAAAGCCCUUACAUUCCACCACGCCGCGUCGGAAGUGUUUCCCCGCAGGUGGAAGACCUUGCUCGGGGAAACGCCAACGGCAGCCGACCCCAGUCUUCGUCCUCCCAGGGGUCUGUUUUGGCCUACCACGCACGGCUUGUCCAGAUCAUCCACUCAUCUUACACGAACCCAACGGUUGAAGAUGCCGAUGGCCGGAAUGGAUUACACUGCCUGGCAGAGGCCAUCCUCAACCAGCAAGCCAUGGACCGACAUGUCCGCUCCUCAUCUUCGGCAUUAGCGUCGCCCAACAGCCGUCCACACCUCAAGCGUAAGCUUGACUCUAAAGAACCUUCUGCUCCACCCUCGCCAACCCCGGGGAACACUUCUUCCAUGGCUGCGCCAUCUUCAUCGCCGCCGAGCAUGUCGUCUACAACAGCAGAAGGUACCCUCCCGGCCCGCCUGCGACACUUGCACUCUCUUCUGCACCCAUCAGGAGUCUCGGUCACCCAUUACGACACACACGGGCUCACACCGCUCAUGGCGUUCGUCGAGCACAUACCUGAUGAUCAAGAUGACAAAGCCAAAACGCUGCAGGCCAUACUCGAGACGCUAGUGCGUGCUGGCGCGCGGUUGGAGGCGCGCAAUCGCCGCGGAGAAACACCACUGCUGAUGGCGGCACGCCUGGGUCGCAAGGUGGCGCUGGCGGCGUUGUUGGAGUGCGGUGCGAAUGUACAUGCGCGGGAUGCGGACGGGCGCGGGGUGCUUGAGUUGUUAGAUGGAGAAGUGGGUGGGGAGAAGGCGCGGAAGGAAGUCGGGCUUUAUGCACGGUUAGAGGCAUGUCGGGUUUUGUUGACGGGGCGUAGGGAGUGGGGAGUUGGGUAUGUUGGCGGAAACGCCGGGCGCGAAGGGGGGUACAGGGAACCGGCGGUGGUGAGGGAGUGGAGGGUGAGAGACGGGGUUCAAGGGGGAAUGGUAUAG